CUUUCGGUUUGUUUGAUACGGAUCAUCCUUAAAAUACCUUUCACAAAUUGAUAUAAUUUAAAAGCAAUUUCUUUAAUUUUUAAUCAAACAACAACAACAACAACAACAACAACAACGAAUGAAUACUAUUCAGUUUUACAGCAUUUAAAAAAAAAACACGCAUAUGAAACAGUUUAUUCUUACACCCCACGUAAAUAUUUAAGUUGUGUAUAAUGAAGUUUAAAAUUUGAUGAUUAAUACCCCUCAUGCUGAAACGAAACUGAACAUUUACAUAUGAAACAGAUCAUAUGAGUAAAGUAAACGUGAUAUCGUGAAUACAUAAGCAAGUAUGAUAUUGUUCACAGUCAAUGCAAGGGUGAGAUUAACAGAUUUUAUACAGUGUGAAUUUUGAUAUUAACAUAUUGAAUGAAACGUAUACUGGAACAUUGAGGAGGAAAAUGUUUAAAUUAUGGAAUCGUCGGUAAGAUACGUCUGCAAUGACGCGGAUGAAAGGACCCUGCUUCUUAGCACGUCUUCAAGUUCAUCAGAAAGCCGUCAUAAAGCUACUGCAGAAUCUCAGGGGAUAUAUAGAUCAAGAUGGCGGUCGAUCCGUGUUAUGUACCUGACUAUGUUUCUCAGCAGCGUUUCAUUUUCUAUAUGCAUGUCAUCGUUAUACCCAUACCUAAGAAUUCUCGAUCCAGGAGCAAACACGAAUUUUCUUGGCUGGGUGGUUGCAUCGUAUAGCGUUGGCCAGCUUGUUGCCUCACCAUUUUUUGGGGCGUGGUCAAAUAUACGCUCCAGGACGAGAGAACCACUCGUUGUUUCCAUAGUUAUAAACGUUCUGGCUAACGUUUUAUAUAUGUACUUAGAAAGUAUACAAAAACAUGCUCAAGUUUACCUAUUGCUUGCAAGAGCCUUUGUGGGAUUCGGGGCAGGAAAUAUUGCAGUUGUUCGGUCGUACGUUGCAGGUGCGACAAAGUUGUCGGAGAGGAUAUCCGUAAUGGCAAACUUGUCAGCAUUUCAGUCAGCUGGUUUUAUUUCUGGUAACUUAUUCCAGACUGCAAUGGUACCACUUGGAUACCCUGGGCCUGUUCACUCCGCAGAUUUUCACUUUGAUAUGUAUUCAGCCACGGGUUUAUUCAGUGCACUUGUUGGAAUAAUUAAUAUUCUUCUACUCAUCCUUGUCUUCAAAGAGCAUUCUAUAAUCAGCGAGGAAUACAAAUAUCCGGAUGGCACAGCAGAAUCUACAUCUUCUACGAAUGCGGCAUUGAACGGAUCUUGUGCUGAGUCUUCCCAACCUUCUUCCCCUGACUACAUUGCCAUUCUAACAACCAUUUUCUUGUUCUUCUCCGUGCUUUUCAUAUUUGCAGUCUUUGAAACCAUUGUGACACCGCUUGGCAUGGAUAUGUUUGCUUGGAAGAAGGCGAAAGCUACAUUGUAUGUUGGUUUAAUGCUAGGAUGUGCUGGCGUAGUAGCUAUAGUUGUAUUUACUGUUAUAAAACUCCUAGCAAAAAGGUUUAAUGAACGUAACUUGCUACUUUGCGGUUUUGUAAUAUGUAUAAUCGGAUAUGUUUCUUACCUUCCUUGGGGACACAAUUAUCCAGCUGUCCAGUAUGCUGAAAUCGGGAAAGCAGAAACAACAACAAAUAAAAUCUCCAAUUCUACAAUGAUAGCAGAACGCAAACUGUUGCCAGAAGAAGUAAAACUUCAAGUAAAGAACGAAGAUAUAACGAAGAAUCUGAAACUGUCACACGAAAGAAAAGGUGACGGAAUAAGUGCCAUAGAAGAUGUCGCUAAAGACAAUGACAAUAUUAGGAAGAACACUUUCCAGCAAAAUGGAACCAUGCUAGCUGUAAACACUAAAAUCCUUAAGGGAAAUUUAGUUGAUAAUAUUAUAGGAGUAACAAGAACUCAGUUUGAAAAUGUUAUAACAUUUCGAAACGUUUCUAAUCGUCUUGAUGAGGAAGCUGUCGGAUGUCCCUAUUAUUUUGACUGGUGUAUGUAUACCCCGGUGAUUUUUCUGUGGCAGUAUUUGCUGGGAACAUUCUUCAUUGCUGUUGGAUACUCUGCUUGUAGUGUGAUAUCGUAUACAAUAUUUUCAAAGGUUCUAGGACCGAAACCUCAGGGACUAUGGAUGGGUUGGUUGACGGCCUCUGGCAGCCUAGCUCGGGCCCUCGGUCCUGUAUUUGUUACUCAAGUAUAUGACGCGUUCGGACCAAGAGUGGCAUUUUCAGCUAUGACAGCAAUUAUAAUAAUUGCAAUCAUCACAUUGCUUAUCAUUUAUAAAAGAUUGGUGCCCUACAGAGCUCCUUCGCAAUGAUUAUAACUUAGAGUAUAAAUGAUGGUUGCAUUAAAGGUUGUAAAAUAUCUGCUUCUACGCUACGCUUGCACUUGCCGUUAAGGAAAACAGGAAAUCGAAGCAACAAGAAGAAUUGUAACAUUUUUUCUUUUUUCUUUUUUUAUUAAAUUUUGUUGUUGUUUUUAUUGUGUUUUAUAAAAAUACAUAUUAACACUGACGAAAAGCUGAGACAUUUUAUUAAAUACAAAUAUUUGUUGAAAUAACUAUAUGAUCCUACAUUUCCGAAUCAAUGUUUUCAUUUUCUUAACAAUGCCCUUUUAUACGACAAUUCAAAUUAUACCUUAUUCUAAAUCUUAUUUCAGCACUUGUAACAUGUGUAAAUGUUGAGUGGCUAGAGGGCGUGGAUGGUAGGAUGUAUUUCCACCACCGUCCAUGGACAGGCUCAAUCAAACCGAGCCUGCUACAUUUUCGUUUAUGUCGUGUUAGGCGAUCUGUGGUUUUCAACUUUUUCUAUUUUCGUAGGGGCAUUUUGUUGAUUGGUAUCUCAGUAAGUACAUAUGCAACAUUCCCUGUUAUAUUUUCUUUGUAUAAUUGCGAAAAACAAAAAUGUUUUCAAGAGAAAACAUAUCAUCGUCUUGACGAGGAAGCUGUUGGAUGUCCCUAUUAUUUUGACUGGUGUAUGUAAACACCGGUGAUUUCUCUGUGGCAGUACCUGCUAGGCACAUUCUUCGUUGCUGUUCGAUACUCUGCUUGUAGUGUGAUAUCUUAUACAAUGUUUUCAAAGGUUCUAGGACCAAAACCUUAGGUAACAAACAUUUAGUGCUAUAAAGAAUGACCUCUAUAAAAAAUAUUCACACCACAAUUGCAUAAAUUAAAAAAAACUGAUUUUUUUUCUUACAUUUUUUUUCACCUAAUAAUUAGAGUUAUUUCUACUAAGGGGUCCCCUUUCAUUUUUCAUGAGAAAAUUACAAAAUAUAUAGAAAAAGUGGAAAACUAAAGUUACCCAACACGACAUAAAUGAAAAUGUUGCGGCUCGGUUUGAUUGAGCCCGUCCACGGACGGUAGUGGAAAUGCAAGCUACCCUUGUAAUAAGGCGAAGUAUAUACACCUGUAUCUUGCUCAAUAAUGUCAAAAAGAAAAUGUUAUUAACAGCUUAACUUUUUUCUGAUAAUAACCUGCUAUUCUACAGUACACCUAAGGGUUCAUUGAAAUAAUACUAUAUAGCAAGAAAUUACAGUUAUUGCGAAAUUA